AUGAACGAAGAAGAAGUCCGCCUACUGCAGGCUGCUGCAGGCUUUGAAGGCGAUGUAAAAGAGUCUGUGCCUGCCGUUGUAGGUGACAUCGAGGCAGGACAAUUAUCAGUUGACGAUCUCUCUGUCGAACAAAUCAACCAUGCCUUACAAUCUUUGGUUGGUGUCAUGGGGGAGGCUGGAACUGAAGUGAUUAAUCAAAACCUCGAACAACACUCCCAGCAAUCAUCCAAACCACAGCCAGAAGUCAACUUUUCCGUAUCCGGUACCGCUAAUAAUGGUGUGGUAAACUUUGGCGCGGACCCCAAGACAACCAAGGAAUUUGAAGGGCUUUGGGAGAUCGAAGAUCAGAAUGCUGAAGGUGACACUGGAGUCGGAGGCAUAGAAGACGGAUCCGAUAUCGACUAUGAAGUCCAGCUUAGAGAAUUGCAGAAAAGUCUUGCAGAGCUAUCUCGUGCAUGCGCGAGAGCGAGCACGCCGCCCCCCUCGACUCCACAGACCGCAAUGUCUUCAGAAAUGGUCGUCAGAUCUGACCAGAACCGACAAAUCAGUGCGACAGCCGAACAGUCUGUCCAGUUUACUGCGAAUUGGAUUAUCAACAAUCUCCAAUCUACUACCAGUACCAGAGCUACCCCAUCUUCCCCUGAGGAUUCCAAUGGGAAAGGUCGCGGCAGGCGGCUCUCUAUAAUUGACCCGUCCGAGGAUCCUUUGAAGGCUGCGGAGCGGGAGCGGAUACGAGUAGAAAACAGGGAGCGAAAGAAAAAAUGGAGGAAUCAAAAUCAAGAACGAAAUAAGGACAAUGACCUUCGAUGUCGUGUCACUAAACGCGCCCUUCACCUUUUCGGAGCCGAGAUGAGCAUUGAAAAAUCCAACUGGAUCGAACGUGAAUUCAACCGUCGGCGCUCAAAGCGCGUAACCCGUACCAAGAUCCGCGAUAAUGAUCCUGCUAGUGGUGAUCCCAACAUCGGCUCAUCCAGUGUAUUCCCAGCUUUCAACCAGUCCGGUUCAUCUAGCUACCAGGUGAGCUCUGGGGAACUGGUUCUUCGGAAUCAACUCAUAAACAAUCCCGCAUUAUUCGAAAAAAACGCGGAGUUUGUUAUUAUGGAGCUCAUCACGCUGAUGUCAACCGAGCCUACGCUACUUCCAUACAUGGUUGACAUCCUGAACAACAUGAAGGCAGAGGGGCGAGGACCAAUGAUUCAGAACAGCAACUAUCAGAUCACUCAUGACAUUGAUAACCGGAUUACUGAUGUUUCCGAUCACCUUCAUUCAGAAAACGAUGAUGGAACCGGUUAUGGCAGACAUGGUUCAGGACUUGGCUUGAUUGAAGAUGGCUCGAAUACUGGCUGGUCAACAGGAUCCCAGACACCGGUUCCCGAAGGACUUGACGGCAUCACUGGCGAAUUCGAAAGCCUUGAUCGAAUCACAGCUGGAUUCGAAACUCUUGUUGCCAAUUUGGAAAAAUCUUUGACAGAUUCCGAAAUCCAGAACAACACCGAUGGAACAACCAACCCUACGCCCGAGAGAAACGACCAGCUUAAGCCUAACACGGUGCCUGUUUCGAAUAGUUCUUCAGAUCGUGUCCCUUCACUCGACGAGAUACCACUAGACAUGGAUUUCAGCCACGGAAAUAUACCAGGCCCUGACAAUCUUGACCAAGCUCUCGAAGAUCUCAUGCGCGAACAGUCUCAGGCAAUGGCGACCAGCAGCAAUGGUGGAGACGCAGAGCCCCAGUUUGACGAAGAGGCCUUAGAAAGGUUGAUUGCGGAGGGUGGGGUUGAUGUUGCUGAGUUGAUGAAAGCUCUGGAAUCCGAACAGGCGACUGGAAGGCACCAAGAUCAGCAGGUCAAGGCACUUGAUGAUUUCUCAGUGAGGAUUGAUAUGAAUGAUAGGAUGGAGCUUGCUCAACAACUAGGACAAGCUGAGGACCCUCCAACAUCCGAUGCGAGUGAACGGUCGCAAUCCAAUUGCGGAGAUGAGGUUUCUCUUGAAGCCUCUGAAUUGACCCUCGAGGAGAUCAACAGCCUGAUCGCUGAUCUCAGCAAUGGUUCAGAGUCGAUCCCGGUGGACUUGAACGGGCAGUCCAAAGAAUCAGCCCCGCUACCUCCACCUCCAGUCGCUCCUCCGCCAGCCUUCAAUACCGACCACGAUACUUCUGAUGUAUACACUCCCGAGAAUGUUGUGGCAAUUUUGAAAACUCUUAUCGAACUAGCUGUAACCCCAGAAAACUAUGAAGCCUCCUCAACCCCAGCCCAUAAUCCCCGAGGAACAAAACGUUCUUCGCCUGAUUCUUGCCUAAACCCAUCGGUGAACAAGCGGCCAUGCGCUCGUGCGCCUAAUAACACAGCAGCGAUGCACGCGGUUUCCAAGACGGCACUCAAUCAACUCAAUGGGAUAUUGAUAUCAAACGGCUACCCCCCAACUCCCUCCUCGUCGAGCUAUCAGAAUCAUGCCCCAUCCGCCUAUCAUUCACCCCAAACAACUGGUACAAGUGGAAACUUACAGUCUCCGGCAUAUAUUGCAAGCUUCGGUACAACUGAUGGCAUGAAUAAGAAACUUAUGGCGAUGAAACCUCCCCCAUAUCGGCCAGCAGGUGGAAUUAGCAGCGGAGGAGCAGGCAUAAAUGGAAACGGGGGGUUAGCAGGGGUAACUGCCAAGAGAAAGACUGGGGACGAAGAGAAGAAAGUCAGAGCUAUGGGCUUCCCACCCUUGAUGGCUGGGUUGAAGCCUAAAUCAGUGUGA